AACAGCCACUUGCUUCAAAUGCACACUCCCCCCACCGCACAGGCACGCGCACACACAGAAAUGGAGACGGUCCACGGAGACAAGAUCAUUCUCGGCCUGAAAAUCAAUCUGAUUCUGUUUUAUAUCGGUGCUGCAGGCGACUGCAACAUCUCUGUUUCUCAACAGCCUUACCUGGAAGUAGACUACACUCAAGAAGCUGUUACCAUCCAGUGCUCCUUCUCCACAGCUGGAUGCCCUUCAGAGAAGCCAAUGAGUCUGUGGUUUCGCUAUGGUACUCACCUACCGGAGAACCUCUGCUUGCAUGGAUGCAGAAAUGAGAGAGGCAAAUUCAUAGUGCACGAAGCCCUGACACAGAGCCAAGUUUCCCUCACUGUCAAUAGGGUGGCGUUCAAUGACAGUGCACUCUAUAUCUGUGGGAUAGCCUUUCCCAGUUCAAAGGAACCGAGAGCUAAGCGAACCGGAGAAGGGACCAUGCUGGUGGUAAGAGAAACCAAGUUACUUGGCAAGAAACUACAGAGUUUCCUGAUAGCUCUCUUAUCACUGCUCUCUAUAUACAUUAUUGGUGUCCUCAUGAUCUUCACAGUCCUCUCCAAGUCAAAAUCUAACACUGUAAGAAACAAAGAAACAGAAGACUCACAAAAGAAGAAGAGCGCUCGGCGUAUUUUUCAGGAAAUUGCUCAAGAACUAUAUAAUAAGAGACAUGUGGAAACAAGCCAACAACCUGAGAAAGGCAACACUUACGAAAAUAGAAGAGUACUUUCCAAGUAUGAAAGACCAUAGUUUAAAUUUUAAAGUAAGUCACUGAAAAUCCAACUUCAUAAGUUAUGGCAGUGUUAAUGGACAUCCACCAUUGGCUUAAAAAAAAAAAAAUCAAAGGUAAAUGGAAAAGACAACAGGCUACACAGAAGGAUGCUGGAGUACUAGGAAACUAUAACUAACAGUAAUUCUAAAAAUAUUAUAACCCUACAAAAUGCAACUGAAAAAUACAAUUUUCCAGAAUUCUAAACACUCUUAAUAUUUUUGAAAACUUCUACUUUCAUAACAUGCAUCCUGUAUUUGUUUCAUUCAACAUACAAGCUGCAUGAUGACCAUUACCCUGAAGAUCUGAAGUAAUACCUUGCGCCUUUGCCUUGAGUGGAAGAACUGUCUUUAUGGUUGGUGGAAGUCAUGGGCCAAUUAGACUAAGUUGAGAGGGAGGGAGGAAGGAAAGUACCAAAAUCUGCAUUGGAGAAAAUCAUCUUGAAAAGCACCUUGGAAUACAAAUGAUUUCCUCUGACACUACCACAGGGUAAUGUUAUAGUGCAAUCUGCCCGCCAUGGAAUGCAAA